CUGUUCUUCUCGUGCAUCAGCUGUGAUCAUGCUGUGUUUUUGGGGAGCGCAAGUCAGAGAGGGUUUGGGGCUGGUGAAGGCUGAACAAGUCAAAAAAGGCAAGUGUGGAUUGCGAUGCUUAUGUCCAAAAACAGCAGUUCAGGACAUGUCAGCUGGAAGGAGUUUUGCUGGAUUUAUCCGGGAUGGGAAGGUCUCGGUCCUGAGAUUGCGCAGUGAAGACUAUAAUCAUGAUGGAAAACUAAAGAAACUACAGCUAAAGAAUAAAACAUUCAGACAAAUUGUGUUUGGAGGAGAUGGUGCGGUGCUUCUUGCUAAUGCAGGAAAUGUUCUCAUUAUGGACAAAUCUACUGUGUGCAAGCCUCUCAAAGGUCUGGAAAAUAGGCAGGUGAUUCAGAUCACAUGUGGAGACCAUCAUUCAAUGGCGCUAACUAAGGAUGGUCAGGUGUUCGUAUGGGGGGAGAACUCUCACGGUCAGCUGGGUUUGAGGAAAGAUCAUCCCGGCUCUCCGUCUGCUCAACAUGUUCAGAGUCUGAGUGGGGUCCCGCUGGCUCAGAUCAGCGCUGGAGGAGACCACAGCUUUGUGUUGUCUCUCUCUGGAGUCGUGUUUGGAUGGGGAAAGAACUCUGCUGGACAGCUGGGCCUCGGAGACACUACAGACAGACACGUCCCAACGGUUGUAAAUAGUCUGAAUGGGAAGAAAACUGUGUCCAUCUCGUGUGGAGGUGAACACACUGCCACUUUAUCAAAGGGUGGCACAGUGUUCACAUUUGGAUCUGGAGGCUCUGGUCAGCUUGGGCACAAAUCAUUUAGAGAUGAGCAUCAUCCGCGGGUGGUUGGUGAACUGUGGGGAUCUGAAGUGUCACAGGUCACGUGUGGGAGACAUCACACACUCGUAUCAGUCGCAUCGUCAAAGCUGAUCUACUCAUUUGGAUGCUGGAUCCAAGGGAAGCCUGGAAAUGGCAAAAUGAUCAAGAAGUUUGUGCCUUUCCCUGUGGAUCUGUCAACUAAAUGUAAUCGUGAAUAUACGAUUGAAAAGCUUAUUGCUGGGGAGAAUCAUUACUUUGCCUUGUUUUUCAAAGGACUUGGCAACAUAUCUGCAAUGUCUAAACCCAAUCCUAGUAAAGGGAUUGUGACAUUAAAUGAGAGGAUGAUUGAACGUUGGGUGUCAGAAAGAGAUUCAUGGGUAACGAUAAAGAGGGAAAUAACAAAGAUGUUCUCCUCUGCUGCCUGUUUGAAUGGAAGUUUUCUCAAAGCAAGCCAAGAUGAACAGGAUUUUGAACUGGCUGAAAAAGCUUUUUCAAAGUUAUUAGGGAAUGAAAAGGUGAUAUCAAAGGUAAUGAAGGUGGUUGAACAGAUGCUUCGUUCUCUGAAUCCGAAUCCAGUUGGUGAGGAAUCGCUGAGAAUUUACAUUCUCCUCCCUGAGCUCAUCAGAUGUAUCCAGAAACAACAACGAACUGAACUCACUGAAGCUCUGGCCUCCAAAAUCCUUCAGCUGGAUCCCGAUGCUCACAAGGUGUUAGAGAAGUACUGGUCCAAACUCCCGGAUGGUUGGCUCAAAAGCCUGGUGAAGUUAUUUCGUAAAGCAUCUGCUGAACUGAUUGGCCAGAUUUCUUAUGGUAAAAUGAACCAGGAUAUACAGUGCUUGGAGAAGUUUUUGAAGAUUCUUCAGACUAUCCAUCAGGUCUGCUGCAGUGCCAACAGAGACAUCCCAAACAGGGAUUUCAUCAUUCAUGAGAUCAAUGAUCUACUAGAUAUGCUGCAAGUCACCUUGGAAUACCUGAAAGAGUGCAAUGAUGUCUAUGAAAUAGUUUUGAAACAACAUUACUACAUUAGAACUAUUAAAAUAUUAUUGAAGUUCCCUUUUGCGGCUGAUUCUGCAUCUAAAUGGAGAAUGUUUUGUUACCUGCGGUAUGAAAGGCUACAGAGCAUUUCAGGCUCAUUCAUGCGUAAUGACAAUACCAACAUGCUGCAAAUAAACAGGGAAUCAGUGUUGACGGACACACUUGAGUAUCUCAGACAAAACAUCCACUCAUAUAUCCAUCCAUUGAAGGUGGAGUUCAUUGGGGAGCAUGGAAGUGAUAUAAGGGGUUUAUCAGCAGAAUUUUUCUCCCUCCUUUCCCAAUCUAUUUUGAAAUGGGAGAAAAAGGUGCUGGAAGUCCAAGAGAAUUCACUUGUUUGGUUCAAUCCUGAUCAUGUGCAAGCUAAUAGAGAUUUUUACUAUCUUGGAGUUAUCUGUGGAAUGGCGCUCUACAACCAUCAUUUUAUAAACAUUGACUUCCCACUGGCCUUGUUCAAGAAACUCCUCCAGCAGAGUCCCACUCUGAAUGAUCUGGAGGAACUGUCUCCUGUGGAGGCCAGAAGUCUGAAAAGCCUUCUUGAGGAGGACGAGGAGGAAGUAGUGGAUAUGCUCUUUUUGGAUUUCAUGGUCAAAGGGCAAGAGCUCAUUCCAAAUGGAAAUCAGAUUCCAGUGACCAAAGCUAAUAGACUGGAGUAUGUGGAUUUGUAUGUAGACUUCAUUUUCAACAAGUCAGUAAAGAGUCAGUUUGAGCAUUUUUCAGAAGGUUUCUAUAAGGGCUGUCCACUUGAUGCCUGGAGCAUGUUCCACCCUGAGGAACUCCAGCAGUUUUUCCAAGGCUCCCCUAAAUACGAGUGGAAGGAACUUCAGCUGUGUGCUUCCUAUGAAAAGUGCUCUGCCUCUGAUGAGCUCAUCAAGAACUUCUGGACUGUUUUCUUUGAGUUAUCUGAAGAAAACAAGAGAAAAUUUCUGGUUUUCUUGUAUGGGACGGACCGUGUACCUGUGGGAGGUUUCUCAAAGCGCGUUCUGAAUAUUUCACUGUUAAACUGUCCUGAUGCAGAUGACCGACUGCCAGAGGCCCAGACCUGUUUUGGCAUAUUAAUUCUUCCCAAAUACAGUGACAUCAAUACACUUCGCAACAAGCUUAUACAUGCAAUCAGCUUUUGUGAGGUUUUUGGACGAGAGUAAACUUUCCUCAAGGUUCCAACCCCUAAAUAUUUGAAGUCAAGUAUAUGUUACUAAACUUUGUAGCUCACUAGUUUUAAAUGUUACAUGAACUGUUAUUCAGUGUUGCCUGAUUUUCUUUCAGUCAUAGAUUUGCCAUAUAUAUGUUACUCUUUUGCUUAAUGUGGUCACAUUAUUUUUGUAAAUUUAUAGUUGUUAUAAAAAAACUGUGGGCUUAAUAAUCACAAUAUGAGAGCUAUACAUAUUCUAUUUUAUAUAUAUCAUAAAAUAUAAUGACCUUUCAUUGUUUUUGCUCACAGCGGGGAGAAUAACUUAACAAAAGCACUUUGUUAUAAUAUAAUAUAAUAAUAUAAUGCAUUAUUAUGUGGAUAUUCUGGUAUGUCAACUUAUAACCUUUUACUGAUUGUUUCUUCAAACAUAUUUAAUUGAUCUAAAUAUCUAAAUAAAAAUACAUGUUUUAGUAAA